UAAACUCGGAGAAUUGAGCGCUUCAGCGUCCAUGGCGGUCUAAACCCGACUCCACCCGUAUUCACCGAGCACAUAAGAUAAAACUCACCCAAACUGAUGCGUCGCUAAGCACCAUCAACCCAAAAGUCACCAUGGCUUUUCCCUCAUUCUUCCAGCGCCCAUCACUAGUCUACGGCUCUGCCAUCGCCUUACGGACCAUCCUCCUCAUCUACGGCGCCUGGCAAGAUGCCCACUCCGCCGUCAAAUACACCGACAUCGACUACAUGGUGUUCACCGACGCCGCGCGCUACGUCUCCCGCGGCGCCUCGCCCUACGCCAGAGACACCUACCGCUACACGCCUCUGCUGGCCUGGCUUCUGAUCCCGACGUCCUGGCCAGGCGCGGGUGGCCUGUUUUUCCUGUUCGGAAAAGCCCUCUUCGCAAUGUCGGAUGUCCUCGCGGGCUGGCUGAUCGCGAAGUCUCUGAUGUCCUCGUCCUAUGGCAUGGAUGCUGCGUGCGCGCGCAAAUACGCGUCCGUCUGGUUGCUGAACCCCAUGGUUGCUAAUAUUAGUACCAGGGGGAGCUCGGAAGGGUUGCUUUGUGUGUUGGUUGUGGCCCUGCUGUGGGCGGUUCUUAGGGGGAGGGUGACUCUCGCGGGGGUCCUGUUGGGCUUGAGCGUGCAUUUUAAGAUUUAUCCGUUUAUAUACGGCGCCGCCGUGGUGUGGUGGUUGGAUGGGGAGAGGGAGGAAUCCAUCAGGUCCCCAGUGCAGUCCAAGUCCAAGGCCCCGUCCCAGCCCGCGUCUGGGACUAGAGCAGCGAAAGAGAAAGGGAAAGAGAAAGAGGGUCUGAUCGCGCAAAUCUCCACCUUCCUGACGCCCUCGCGCGUGCAACUCACUCUCACCGCGCUGGCGACCUUCUCGGCCCUCAACCUCUCAAUGUAUAUCCUCUACGGAUAUCCGUUCCUGCACCAUACCUACCUCCACCAUCUUACGCGCAUCGACCAUCGGCAUAAUUUCUCGCCCUACAGUACCUUGCUGUAUCUGUCUGCUGCUGGAGGCACAGGACCGGAGGCAGUGCACGGCUCUUUCGAAUCUCUGGCCUUCAUCCCGCAGCUGUUCCUGUCUGUCGUGGCGAUUCCGCUGGUCCUGGGGAAGAAGAGUCUGGCGGGGGCGAUGCUGGCGCAGACGUUUGCGUUUGUGACGUUUAAUAAGGUUUGUACGAGUCAGUAUUUCCUCUGGUACCUCGUUUUCCUGCCCUUCUAUCUGCCCAGCUCCUCUUUGCUUCAGAACCCGAAACUAGGUCUGCUAGCGAUUGGACUAUGGGUUCUCGGUCAGGCCCUCUGGCUCCAACAAGGCUAUCUUCUUGAAUUCCUAGGCGUGUCGAGUUUCGUGCCGGGACUUUAUCUUGCCGGGUUGGGCUUCUUCGCGGUGAACGUUUGGUUGUUGGAGGUUAUUGUGAGGGAUGUUGGGGGUGUUUAGUCUUUCUAUUUCGUUGCUCUUGUUAUUGGGUGGUGCUGGUUAUGCUGGUAUGUGGAUGGUGAGCUGAGCUGGUUUGAGAGGGUAUGACAUAGAUCUGUAGAUCGAUAUAUGAGAGGAAGGGAGGGAGGUAGGGACUAAAGCAUCCAUCUCUAUCCAAUAAUAUCU